UUCUCAGUCGAAUCUAUAUAUAUAUAUAUUCUUGAAACACAUACUUGUCCAUCAUUCAUUUGCUUCACAACUCACAAACUUGUCUUUUUUCAUUUUGCACGAAAAGUUUAGAGACAUGAUUAUUGGUAUAUAGCGAGAAUAUUAAUCGGUUUAAUUUGGAUUUUCAUCUUUUGAUUUAACAGCACGAGAGAAAGAAGAAGAAUGGGGAGAGGACGGGUACAGCUGAAGAGAAUCGAGAACAAGAUUAACAGACAAGUGACUUUCUCCAAAAGGCGAUCUGGGCUGCUCAAGAAAGCUCAUGAGAUCUCCGUGCUUUGCGAUGCUGAGGUUGCUUUGAUUGUGUUCUCUACCAAAGGGAAGCUCUUUGAGUAUGCUACUGAUUCAUGCAUGGAAAGGAUCCUUGAGAGGUAUGAAAGGUAUUCCUAUGCAGAAAGACAGCUUGGGGGUGCAGAAAUCGAGUCACAGGGCUGCUGGAGUCUGGAACAUGCAAAACUCAAGGCCAGGAUUGAAGUUCUACAAAGAAACCAAAGGCACUAUAUGGGAGAAGACCUUGACAAUUUAAGUCUCAGAGAGCUUCAGAAUUUGGAACAUCAGCUUGAUACAGCUCUUAAACACAUCAGGUCAAGAAAGAACCAGCUCAUGUUUGAAUCAAUUGCUGAGCUGCAGAAGAAGGACAAGGCACUGCAGGAGCAAAACAACGUGCUUGCAAAAAAGGUGAAAGAAAAGGAGAAAGAACAAGCCCAACAGCCACAGUGGGAACAACAGAACCGUCACGACCUGAAUUCAUCAUCAUUGGUUAGGUCACAACCAAUCAACUCCUUGAGCAUUAGUGAAACGUACCAUCGUGGUGGAGAUAAUGAAGCUGAAGGAACUCAGAGCAGCCAAACCAAUGCAGUCAUGCACCCAUGGAUGCUCCGCCAGAUGAAUUGAAUUGAUAGAAGAUUACGGCGGGUGGUUUUGGCCACAAACUACUAAUGAUAGGCUUAUAAAUUGUUGAAGAACAAUGUUUAAAAGCUGUGCCUACCAUCCAUUCCCCGCGAAAAGGUAAUACUAAUGAUGUAAACGUGUGCUGUAAAACGCUGUGGCUGUUACCCAGAAAAAAAGUUCCACUUUAAUUCACAUGUUACGGUAUGCAUGAAUGAGGAUUGAAAUACUAUAAAGUAACCCUACCAUGUAAAUAUCUGUGUAUACUAGAUUCAAAAAUAGGAAGCUCAUCUUUGUGAGGAAGCAAGACCUAUACAUGUUGGUUCAGUUUCUUUUCGUGUCAA